UACACCAUAUGCAGCACUGCAUAGUUUCAACUUGGGGUCAUUUAAUGUUAUAAUAUUGGUAAGCCUUUGCUUAAUUAUGAUAUGCUUUAUUUGUUAACCUUAGGGGUUAUAUUAUUUCAAUGAAAGAUUUCCAGAUCUUAAAACAUAAUAUUAUCUUUUUGCCGUCAUUGACUUGGAUCAUUUCAAGAUACAUACAUCUCUUAAUUUGCCAUUAUUGACUUGGACUUAACUAGUCACACAUCCGUUUAAACGUGACUAAUGUGUGAAAUAAGUAUUCUUCUUCUGAUAACAUCCAUUUACAAUACUAUUCUGAAGCUAUUAUUACAACUUGUACAUGGAUUUUAAUAGUCUUUCAGUUAGGAUAUAUCAUGUGCAAAAAGACAUUUGUAUCAUCCAACAAAUCUAAAGAAAAUGAUAUACAAAACCAAGAUCAACCAGUACAAACUAUGAGGAAUAAACAAACAUUUAAACAAGAAAGGUGAUAAGUCUGAUUUAAAGUGGCAGAUGAUAAAUGUUUUAUUAGUUUGUUAACACCAAUGUAAUAGUUAUUUUGCAGAGAAUAAUGGACUUAAUUUCCUAUAUAUAACCUCUCUUUUCAUAAUACCAAGCUUUGGUUUGGUCGGCAUGAUCAUAAUACUUUUUUUGGGAUCAUUAUACUUUUAAUAUGAUAGAUUGUCUUCAUUCUCCAAGCCAUGUGUCUAAUGUCUUUUGAGUUAGACAUUGUUAGAACCAGAGAGAAGACCAUACAAUUAUUAUAUGAACAACAUGACAUAAAAUAAAGGUUGAAGGUAACUGUCAUGGUUCCAUUUCAUUUGGUAAAUUUCAACUCAGAAAAUGCCCAUAUGAAAUGCAUUUCCUAAAGAUAAUUGGCCUUGAAUGCAUGUCUUGAAGAAUUAAUCUAAAAUUGAAACAUAUAAACCAAAUCAUAUGUCUCUUUAAUUCAUUAGCAAUGGCUACUCAAGGACUGCAUCUGAUCUUGCUGAUCUUCUUUAAUCACCUGAUUUGCUUGUUAGGUCGUAAACAAGGAGCAGGUUUCAUCUACAACGGCUUUCCCCAAGCUCAAGCUGAUCUUCAUCUAGAUGGAUCUGCAAAAAUCCUCUCUCCAGAUGGAUUGCUGCAGCUGACCAACGCCUCAUCACAGCAAAUGGGUCAUGCCUUCUUCAAGCAUCCAUUUGACUCAUCUGAGAAGAACUUCUCAUUCUCAACUCACUUUGUGUGCGCACUUGUGCCUAAACCAGGAGCUGAAGGCGGCCAUGGAAUCGCCUUUGUCGUAUCUUCCUCCUUGGAUUUCACACAUGCAGAUCCAACACAGUACUUGGGACUCUCCAACAUCUCAACAAACGGAUCUCCAUCUUAUCAGCUUCUAGCUAUUGAGCUUGAUACUGCUAAAAGCGCAGAGUUUGAUGAUAUAAACAAGAAUCAUGUCGGUAUAGACAUCAACAGCCUCAGGUCUAUAGAGUCUGCUUCAGCUUCUUACUAUUCAAACACCAAAGGGAAGAAUCAAAGCCUUCAAAUCUUAAGUGAAGAGCCUUUACAGGUAUGGGUGGAUUAUGAAAGAUCUUUACUCAAUGUCACAGUGGCUCCUCUAAGAAUCCAGAAGCCAAACCAUCCUCUCUUGGCAAGAUCCAUCAAUCUUACUGAAAUCUUCCCGGAUCACAAACUGUUCUUUGGAUUCUCUGCAGCAACAGGGUCAUUGGUUAGUUACCAAUACAUCUUAGGAUGGAGUUUCAGCAGAAGGAGAGAGCUGUUGCAGAGACUGGACUUGUUAAAACUUCCUCAGAUUCCUCAUCCAAGAGCCAAACAGAAGCAAACAUCUCCACUGCUUGUUGUUUUGUUUGUGUUACUAUCACUCAUAGUGUUGGCUGUUCUUGGAGGAGUUCACUUAUACAGGAGGAAGAAGUAUGCAGAAGUUAGAGAAGCAUGGGAGAAAGACUAUGGCCCACACCGGUUUUCAUAUAAAUCUCUAUACAAAGCAACAAGAGGUUUUGAGCAUCGUUUAGGGAAAGGCGGUUUUGGAGAAGUCUACAGAGGGAAUCUACCUCACAUUGGAGAUAUAGCGGUGAAGAGAGUGUGCCAUGACGCGAAGCAAGGGAUGAAACAGUUUGUAGCUGAAGUAGUGACUAUGGGAAGUUUAAAGCACAGAAACUUGGUUCCUCUUCUUGGAUAUUGCAGAAGGAAAGGAGAGCUUCUUCUUGUCUCUGAGUACAUGUCUAAUGGGAGUCUUGAUCGGUACUUGUUUCACAGAGAAAAACCUCCUCUCUCAUGGCCACAGAGGUUUGUGAUUUUGAAGGAUAUUGCAUCUGCUCUGAGCUACCUGCACACAGGAGCUAACCAAGUUGUGUUACACAGAGAUAUAAAAGCUUCUAACGUCUUGUUGGAUUCUGGUUUCAAUGGACGGUUAGGAGAUUUUGGAAUGGCUAGGUUUGAAGAUUACGGAGAUAGCUUGCCCGCAACGGCUGUUAUAGGAACAGUGGGUUACAUGGCACCUGAGCUAACAACAAUGGGAACUUCCACAAGAACAGAUGUUUAUGCAUUUGGUGCUUUCAUGCUUGAAGUAUCCUGUGGAAGGAGACCACUAGAUACCAAGGUUCCAGCUGAGAAAAGGCAUUUGGUCAAAUGGGUUUGUGAUUGCUGGAGAAGUGAUUCUCUGCUGGAUGCUGUAGAUACUAGAAUGGGAGGUGAAUACUCAGAAGCGGAAGUUGAUAUGGUUCUGAGACUUGGGUUGCUCUGCACAAAUGUUUCGGCGGAAUCAAGACCAAACAUGGAACAGGUGGUGCAAUACAUAAGCCAGAAUCUGCCACUGCCCAUCUUCUCACCAGAUUCUCCAGGGAUUGGAGUUUAUAUUCCAGUAUUGCUGGAAGCGGCUUUCACUUCAAGAAGCUCUUUAGCACCAUCAGACUCUCUUCCUUCGCCUCAUAACUCCAUGUUUGUUACCCACACAAUCACAUACGGAGAUGGAAGGUGAAAAAUUUUCUUACUUUUUUCAGACAAAUACAAUGUAAUCAGUGUGUGUAUAUCAGUUUUAGCAACUUUCAUGAUUUUUCUAAUAAAGAUUUGAAUGUGAAA